AAUAUGGCUGCGUCCAUCGGCAACAUGUUUGAUGUUAUGUUAACUAAUUUAUUUCAAUCAUUUAAUACAACUGGAGAGACGUCUAGCCUUUCAUUCCGUGAAUUCCUUACACUUGUAAAAAGAAAUAAACAUUUCUCAUCAAAGACUGAGGAGAAUAGUUACCUGGUGAGCCAUGUCCAUCAGUGCCUGCAAGCAAGCAAACAAAGGUAUGAAGGUUUGCUGUUGUUGGAUGUAAUAAUACAGCAAUGUGGCACAGCUGUUUUCCACCAGUACGCUCUCACAUGGCUCAAACUUCUAACCAACAUUUUACAGGGUCAUUGUAUCAGCCAAGUAUACUCCAGCUGCUGCAAGGUUUUAGCAAGAGUAAUCUCCCAUUCUCCCUCUUUCUCUGACAUUGCAAGGGAGGUAACAAACUCUGGAAUACCACAAUUACUCCCCCUGCUGCUUGCUAGUUCUUCAGAGUGUCUGCCAGCAGCUUUAGGAUGUGUGAACACUUGUAUUGAGAAGUAUCCGGGACCAGUGGGUCCCUUCAAAACCAAGCUUCAAACUCUCCUAGUUAGGGAACUAGACCUUGGGAACGGCUUUAAGGAGUUGUCUCGAUGUUUUGCACUGUUAGCCCAGUGUGGUCCAGGGGGCACGCAUGGCAUUAAGCACACAGAAGCUUGGAGUGAACAGAUGGAUGGACUACUAGCAGGUCUACAUGCUUCGCUAGAUGGAUUGUAUGCUGAUUUGGAGAUUGAAACCAGUCAGCCGUAUCAAGGAAGGACCCUCAGUGGUCUAGGUGAUAUAGAUUUUAGUCAGCCUGACAGAGUUGCUGCCCUUGUUGCAAGAUGGAGAUCACUUACCUGUUGUCUUCAACACUUACUCAGAGAGGAGUUCCCGGCAGUGGUGAAGGUACCCACAGAGGACAUUCUGCAGCUCGUGUUGAGGUGUCUGUCUGUCAACAUCAUCAUGCUGAUGAGGCGUGAGACGAGUGAACGGUGUCUGUUAGCGGGCCACGUCCAGGAGUUACAUGUACAUGCCCUACAUGUCCUGCAGGCUCUCAUACAGUUAUGUAGGUGCAACCUCCUGCCCCAUGUCGGAGUGAUUAUUGGCGUGUUGACACAGGAGCUGACCUGGUCACAUACAGUGUGUGACGGACAGGAGAACAACUACAGCUACCUACGAGAGGCAGUUUACCAGACUUUGAAUGUAUGGAUGCAAACAUUGGAUGGCAGUUCAGGAGUUGAAUCAGGGGAAGCCACUCUCGUCAAAGAGAUUCUGCAUGAUUGUCUCCCUUUUACUGAUACUCUCAAGAUAAGUUCCACUUCUACUAGUGCCGACCAAGGGGUGCCUGCUAGCAGUAAGAAAGCCAAAAAGAGAAGAGGGUACCAGGAGAUAAGCCAGGGGAUCAGCUCCCAGAGGAAAAUACAGCCACUGGCAAAUGUUGGACUGGUCAGGGCUGCGUUAGAAACCCUACACUGGAUGUUAACAUCAAGUGGCAGCGAACUGUCACAAAAGUCUGCACAGUCUGUCCUGGACUUCACCAUCCGGACCCUACUUGCUCUCCAGCAGUCACCUGUUCCCCCUGCCCCGUAUGCCGACUUCCAUUGUAGGCGUGGCCUGUAUAGAGCCCUGGGGGCAUGUGUGAUCAUGCCCCACCCACAGCUACCCUCACCACUACAGUGUACCCUUGGGAUCUUCUCCGGGGGAUUGAGAGACAAACAUGUGGAGGUAUCCUCCUACUGCAUAGAAGCCAUGAGAAUGUGUGAAACAUUGAUACACCCAAGGGUCCCCUGCCUGAAUGGACCAGUUAUCUGUGGAACCCUCAUCAAUAUAGGGCUUGCUGCGAACACUGGGGACCGUGGAAAAGGGCUAAAUGGUGCUGGUUUGAAUGGUAGAGAGAUGGCUGUUAAUGACAAGGGAGAUAAUGUUCACAGUAGGAUGGAUCACAUUGUUGGCGAUCGAGAAAAUGCAAACAAAACUAAUGGAGUUGGGAGACUUAUGAUUGAACCAAUGAUCAGUAUAAAUAUCGAAGGACAAAAUGAGGGAGGGAAGAGGAAAAGAGAUGAAGAUGUUGGGGGCAGUGAUCCAUUGACUCCCUCUAAAAAACAGCAUACCCAGCUCAGUAAAAUGACUAAUGAUGUUGCUGUUGUAGAUAUAUCAGAUGAUGAUGAUGAUGAUAGUGAAGAUGAUAACGAAGAUUACACAGUGAUUGAAAAACAGAUGUCCGAAAGAAAUGUAACUGAUAAUCUGAAUGCUGAAAAAGUUUCAGAAACUGGAAUGACAAAGACACAACAUGCUGAGAAUGGGGAAUCAUUUGAAGUAAUUGAUGAUGAAGAAGUGGCAGGUUUGAGUACAGGUCUAGGAGUGGCAGUGGUAAAUGUGUCUAGUGAUGAUGAUGACAAGAGAGAGAAGGAGAAGGAGGAAGGGGAUGUGGAGAAAGAGAAGCAGGAGCCCACUGCUGACCUACGGAACAUGCUAGACUCAUUUGUAGACGUUGGCCCAGAUUCCGAGUAGACCAUAGUGUAUAUUGAAAUGAAAUAUAAACAAUAAUAAAUGGUUGAAAGGUGCAAA